CACACACACACAUUUCAGCAAGGAGCCUAAUGUAUGACUGGGGUGUGUGCAUGCAUGUUUUGAGGUUGUUGUUUUUUUGUAAUAAUAAUAUGGUCCUUAGAUGCUAAAAGUUUGAGAGCCCUUAUUUCACUGUCCUGCUUUCCUUUUACAUAUCAGAUAUUGGCAUGUACCAGUCAAAAGUUUAGGGAUACCUAUUCUUUCUUUGGUGUUUCUGUACUUCGACACGAUCUAGAUUGAAUACGUGGACCCUGGCGGAUUCCCGUUUCCCGGCGUUUCCAGGUGGUUUAAUGUAAACGGACAGUGCAUCCGCGAAGAAAACGAGACAGAUACGGUCUAAUGUAAACUUGGCCUAAGUAAAGAGAAACGGCAUCCAUCAUUACAAGACACUUUGUGUCUUAAAGUAGUUAAUAAAGACCAUUGACUUGGGUGUGUCCAAACUUUUGACUGGUGCUGUGUAAUGAAAGCUUCUUGUACUGAAUAGCGAGUAGCAUUGCAUUCCCUGCCUUUCUGCUCAGGGUAUGCUGAUUUGCUAAAUGUGAGCGCUCGACAAACAUAACUUUGUGUGUAGAACUCUUAGCAUAAUUGAAUUUCUCCCUUUGAUCAGUCACAGCAACUACAGAGUCCUGUGCAUAGGAACAUUUCAGACCUGCGAGAAUGUUUAUCAGACCUUAAUGCUACAUAUUCCUGCCCCAUAAACCAUCCAAUUCAGCGGCAUUCCAGCGUGGAACGUUUCAUGGAGCAGCCAGAGGUGCACACGGGGCGCCUUUUAGUCGGGACCUUCGUGGCUCUGUUUUUCAACCUGCUGACUCUCCUUUCAAUCAAGAACAAGCCCUUUGUCUACGUUUCUGAAGCUGCCAGCACCAGUUGGCUCCAGGAGCAUGUGGCUGACCUGAGUCAAAGUCUGUGUGGGAUCGUCCCAGCACUGAGCAGCAUUCUUUUGCCGCGAAUGAACCCCUUCGUCCUGAUCAACCUGGCUGGAGCGUUUGCUCUUGGAAUUACUUACAUGCUCAUUGAAAUUAACAACUAUAACGCAGCGGACACUGCUUCAGCAGUAGCGAUCGCCCUUAUGACCUUUGGCACUAUGUAUCCCAUGAGCGUGUACAGUGGGAAGGUCCUUCUCCAGACCACUCCUUCCCAUGUCAUCGGGCAGCUUGACAAAGUGCUUAGAGAGGUCUCGACACUGGAUGGAGUUUUGGAAGUCCGAAAUGAACACUUCUGGACAAUAGGUUUUGGCUCUCUGGCCGGCUCUAUCCACGUGCGCAUCCGGCGGGACGCCAACGAGCAAAUGGUGCUGGCUCACGUGACCAAUCGUCUCCACACACUCGUCUCCACACUCACCGUCCAGAUCUUCAAGGACGAUUGGACACGUCCAUCCUUGUCCACUGGUCCUCUCAACCUCUCCGAUAUCACAAUUUCACCUGGAAAACAACUUGAAGAACCAGACCCACUGACUUCCACUCCGUCUAAACUGAGCAGCCCACCACCCGAGUUCUCCUUCAACACACCUGGCAGGAAUGUGCGGCCUGUUUUACUCCCAAAUAUUCAUCAGCAGCGACCUUAUAACUUGGGCCUUGCGUACGGAUCUUCUCCGUACAAUACAGUGCUCGGUCAGGGCUUAAUGCAGCCAGGAAGCAGCCUGGGUGUAGGUUUGGGGACAGGACCGAGAAUCCCCUCCAUUCAGAGCUACAGGACGACUUUUAGUGCAGCUUCAAACAUUUAUGGAAGCAAUCUGCUGCCUUCACAGAGCAGUCAGUAUAAACACUGAUGUAUUGUCCAAGUCGGACUAAAAGGCUGAGCUGCAGAGGACCAUAACUAUUGUGACUAUAUUUAAUUAAUAGGACCAACAGUCUUCACCUUAAAGGAUUUUUUUUUUUUUAAUUGUAUUAUGUUUGGGUUUUUUUUUUUUUUUUUGUACUAUAAAACAGAUCACAGGUGUAUAAAAAUAUGUAUGUAUGUAGUACGUUCUUUUCGCUCUGCUGUUGCUUUAAGAGGGUUGUGUGUUCUUAAGAGGUGAUUUUAUUGUAACUUUUGGACCCCAAAGGAAGUGAAUCAACUUUUGUGUUGAGAAGACUGGAGUGUUUUUAAGAUUCGAUCACAGGAGACUUAAUCGUCCACCCAGAAAUGCUUGAAUACAGGCAGGUAUGUGUUUCAUUUAAAAUAAGACGAUUGAAUCAUCUCUUGUAAGAGGAUUUAUUUUAUCUGCUAACUGCAGAAGUCAGUUACUCCUAUUAGGCUAAUGGUAAACUGUUUUUUGAUGGCGAAUACUACAUCAGUGACCAAAAUGCAGCAUCUACACGUACACUACCGUUCAAAAGUUUGGGGUCACCCAGACAAUUUUGUGUUUUCCAUGAAAAGUCACACUUUUAUUUACCACCAUAAGUUGUAAAACGAAUAGAAAAUAUAGUCAAGACAUUUUUCUGGCCAUUUUGAGCAUUUAAUCGACCCCACAAAUGUGAUGCUCCAGAAACUCAAUCUGCUCAAAGGAAGGUCAGUUUUAUAGCUUCUCUAAAGAGCUCAACUGUUUUCAGCUGUGCUAACAUGAUUGUACAAGGGUUUUCUAAUCAUCCAUUAGCCUUCUGAGGCAAUGAGCAAACACAUUGUACCAUUAGAACACUGGAGUGAGAGUUGCUGGAAAUGGGCCUCUAUACACCUAUGGAGAUAUUGCACCAAAAACCAGACAUUUGCAGCUAGAAUAGUCAUUUACCACAUUAGCAAUGUAUAGAGUGGAUUUCUGAUUAGUUUAAAGUGAUCUUCAUUGAAAAGAACAGUGCUUUUCUUUCAAAAAUAAGGACAUUUCAAAGUGACCCCAAACGUUUGAACGGUAGUGUAAGUAUUUCUACUUAAGAGAAACAUUUAGAAAGUGCUAUAAUGACUAAUUGUGAGCUGAUGCAGUAACUGUCUAUAAGAUCAUCGAAGAAAAUGUCACUUUAUCAUCAGCUUUAAACCAAAUGGAUGAGUCCAGUUAAGAUGUGCAAUUAUUUUAUAAAUAUAUAGAGUGGUCUGGGAAAACUUGCCGAUGUCGCUGUGGUUGAAUUCUGGAAAAACUGCCGAAAAAUCAGUUUUUUUUUUUUUUUUUUUUUUGUGUGUGUGUGCCUGGAACAUGUUUUGACAUCCAUCUGUCCAGUGCCCUCCACAAUUAUUGGAAAAAAAUCCACCUUUUGGUGAAGCAGCUUCAUCUCAGACUAACAAAAAUGAGAAAAAGCCAACCUUUCAAUUGAAAAAGAUGAACAAAUCUGUCAUCAAAAAAACCCAAAACUAUUUUCAAUAAAAACACGUGCCAUUAUUAUUAUUGGCAACCCUGCAUUUAAUGCUUUGUAUAACCUCCCUUUGCAGUACAGAGGCUUCUCCUAUAACAUUUUAUAAGGUUGGAAAUACAGAGCAGGGCAUCUGAAACCGUUCCUCUUUACACAGUCUCUCCAGAUCAUCCAGGGUCCUCGGCCCUCUCUUGUGCUCUCUCCUCUUCAGCUCACCCCACAGGUUUUCAAUGGGGUUCAGGUCAGGGGACUGAGAUGGCCAUGGCAUGACAGAAGCUUGAUUCUGAGCUCAGCGAGCCAUUUCUGUGUUGAUUUGGACACGUGCUUCGGAUCAUUGUCCUGCUGGAAGAUCCAAUGAUGACCCAGUUUUAGUUUCCUGACGGAGGCAGCCAGAUUUAGAUUUAAAAUUUCCUGGUAUUUCAUGGAGUCCAUGACGCCGUGUACCAUAAGGUUUCCAGGGCCUUUGGACGAAAGACAGUCCCAAAACAACGCAGAACCUCCACCAUAUUUUACAAUUAGGAUUGGGUUCUUUUCAUUAUAGCCAUCCUUCUUUUACACCAAACCCACCUUGAGUGUUUAUUGCCAGAAAGCUUCAUUUUUGUUACAUCAGUCCAUAGAACGCAGUUCCAGUCAAAGUUGAUGAGACUAAAAUUUAACUUUUUGGCCAUCAUGGGAAAUGCCCUAAAAAAAAAAAAAACAUUCUACAGUGAAACAUGGUGGUGGCAGCAUCAUGCUGUGGGGAUGUUUUUCACCUGCAGGGACAGGAAAGCUGGAUGGCACUAAAUGCAGGGCAAUUCUGGAGGAAAACCUGUUUGAGUCAGCUAGAGGUUUGAGACUGGGACGAAGGUUUGAGAAUCUGCAGCAUAACUUGAAGAUUGCUGAACACCAAUGCAACCCAUCUAACUUGAAGGAGUUGGAGCAGUUUUGCCUUGAGGAACGGGCAAAAAUCCCAGUGGCUAGAUGUGCCAAGCUAAUAGAGACCCCAAGAGAUUUGCAGCUGUAAUUGCAGCAAAAGGUGGCUCUACAAAGUAUUGACUUGGGGGUGAAUACCUAUGCACCCUCCAUUUUUUUUCAUCUUAAUUAUUGUCACAAUAAAACAAUUUGCACCUUUAAAGUUGUAGGCACAUUGUGUAAAUCAAAUGGUGCUAAUCCCCCCAAAAUCAAUUUUAAUUCCAGCUUGUGAUGCAACAAAACAGGACAAACACCAAGGGGGGGAGGGGGGAAUACUUUUGCAAGACACUUUACAUUUGUCGUUAACUGACAGAAAAUGUCUUUUUUUUUUUUUUUUUUUUUUCUGGCAUACCUUCCAAAUAAUCUGUUGGCAUGGAGGUGGUGUCUGAUGUUGGCUUUGGAGACUUGGAAACACUAAGAUUUUACUUGUUGGUAAAUUGCAGUGAUCCUUGUGGAUUUUUUUUUUUUUUUUGCCUCUCUUACCAUCUUCAAGGAUGGGGUGGGGUGGUUUUUUUUCUCUCUUAUUUUUUUGCAUGCCCUCAUACCCUCCUCCUCAAUGUAAAAUUAAACGUACAUCCCCUUCCAGACAAGUUUGUAACUGUUCCAGUUGAUUUCUGCUUUUUAUGAGUGCCCUUACAGUAGAAAUGAAAGAGUGAAUUUUUUUUUUUAAAUAAAUGUAACCAUUCCUUGGUUUAUGAAGGUCAGCACACUUCUCCCUCGUUUGGUUUGUGUUCUCUUAUCUCUCCCCUGUUGAUGGAUGUCUAAGGGAAUUUGGCCUCUGUUACCCCUUUUCCACCAAAUCAGUUCCAGGGCUGGUUCACAACUCAUUCAACUUGCGAACCAGCUGAGAACCAGUUUGCUUUUCCAUAGCUCGGGGUGCUAAGGGGAGCCACGUCAUUACGUCACUGUAUACGUCAGUUACGUCGCUGUAUACGUCAGUCACGUCGCUGCGUUUGCAUAAACCUUGGCACGAACAUCGAAGCAACAGCAACACGGCGAAGAAGAAGCAGCAACAAUAAUGGAUGACUGCUGCUUUACUACAUCCAUGAUAUCUCGUCGCUUAUUUAAAAAUGGCACCCUCUCGCGGUCUUGCUUUUGUUGUUGGUCUUAACAAUCCCCCCCCCCCCGGCUGACGUAAGCAGUUCUUUCCUCUAGCCCAGCAAAGAGUUGGUGCUACCCUGGAACCAGUUUUUCUGGCCCAGAGCCAGUUCUUUGUCAGUGGAAACAGAAAACCCGGUUCCAAGCUAAGCACCGGCCCCGAACCAGCCCUGGAACUGAUUUGGUGGAAAAGGGGUACGUGUUCCCUCAUAUUUGAGGUCGUUGUUACUGCUGAACCCGCUCUGGGUUGGGUUGACUUGGCCAGAAUUGCAGCAGUAGGGUGGCCAGUUCCUUUCUGAGCACUCACACGCAUGUGGGCAAUUUAGAGUCACCAGUUAACCUAACUGCAUGUCUUUGGACUGUGGGGGAAACCGGAGCACCCAGAGGAAACCCACACAGACAUGGGGAGAACAUGCAAACUCCACACAGAAAGGCCAAUGGGCUCGAACCCAGAACCUUGUUGCUGUGAGGUGACAGUGCUGACCACUACACCACCGUGCUGCCCAUCCUCAUAAUUCUACCACAGUCGAAAAGGAAGUCAUGGAUUAUAGCUCGACAGUUCCUACACCCUGCCAAGCAAAUAAAAAAUGUACAAUUUAAAUGGGAAACAUGGUUCAGUUGUUAUAUUUUCAUUAUCGUUUCCAGGGGUGUCAAUAAUAGUGGCACAUGUUUUGUUGAAAAUUAAGUU